ACUGUCGGCGAGCGGCUGCUGUAAAGCGCUGUGUUUUGUGAUCAUGGCUGCGCUGGACCGCACCAGCCAUGUUUGCUAAUUUAAAACCCAAACGUUGGAGAAUAUUUGUUUAUUAUUUAUCAUCGUGUCGUCUUAAUUCACAUACUCGCAAGAAAACGAAGGCUGAGAGGCGUCAGCGCCUUCUGAAACCCAAGGACUGAAAGAUGGAGGCAAAUAAUCAUUUCAACUAUGGCACCCACUCCUCAGCAAACUCAGGACUGAAACGUAGCUCAGGGGAUUCUCUUUAUACUAAUGGGUCCUCCGGGAGUUUUUCUCAGCAGGGGAAGAAUAUGAAUGGCGAAAUGAAUGUGAAUGGCAUCACUACUGUACUAGGAUCCAGUGUUCCUGGUUCCCAGCCACCAACAGCUACUUUUCCACAUGCAAGCAACCGCCACCAAAGCGGCAUGGGGUAUCAGUACUUGUGGGGAGGACAUUCUCAGUAUGGUCCAUCUGUGGGUGCCUCUCCAGGUCAGGUGAUGCACCAGAAGCAGUCUGUGCCUGGAACAGUCCAGCCUCAGUCACAGCAUCACUACCAGUCACAUGGACAAUAUCAACUAAAUGGGUGUAUUGAAAGCACCCACCAGGCCUCUGUCACAGCCCCACCAAACAUAUCCAUUCCAGGGAGUCAGUACUGGAACCGCACUAACCCUGGACAGCAGCAGUUAGGUUAUAACUCCCACAGUAUGUAUGGCACGUACCAGACUCAACGUCACCAGCAGCAGUCUUUCCAGUCACAGCAGCAGCUUCUCUCCCACCAUCACACACACCAUUGCCACCAGCAACCGCAGCAUUAUGGCGUGAUGCCGAAUGGAAUGCCCUAUUAUCAGCAUCAGCCCCAGCACCAGUCGCUGCCGUCAACACAGCCGGAUUCCCCACAGCAGUCUCAGCCCCAAGGCCAGACUCCAGUGAUGUCCACAGCAGUGCAGAGUUUUACUCCUCUACAUGGCAGCCCACAGCACCACAGUUUAAGCGGCACAGGCACAGGCAGCCCUGUUCCUAUGGGGCUUUCUUCAGUAUCAGUGAUGUCAUCAUCAGCAGUACAGGAUAGUGGACCGCCCCAGAGCCACAACAAGGAGAGAAGCCUCCAUGCUAGUAAUACAAGCGUAUCUACUGGCAUGCAAGGGCAUGUGUGUGAAGCUUUCAAGGAUGUGGAAACAGCCUACAAUGGAAUUGAAAGGGCACACAUUACCCAGAGGAUUUUGAAAAGUGACAGUUCCCAACAGAAAACUUCCACGCCUCAUAUGGGUUCUGCAAGUGAUUACCUUCAGAAUUCUGAUCAAACAACAUCGCAGCAUCCAGAAAUGAUUUCCCCUGUGAGAGAGCCAGUUGUAAAUACACCGCCUGACUUCAUGCAUUCAACCUCUGUAUCUGCAUCUUCCACAGCAGUGUCACCAUCAUUGGUCACGGUGCCAACACCUCAACUCUGUGCAACUCCUGCUGUCUGUGCAUCUUCCACAUCUACCCCUGGGCUACAUAUUGUUUUGCCCUCUGAGAUUAAAUCUGCUCAAUCACAAAUUUCAACAGCUCUCAACAUGUCCUCCUGUCAGUCACCAGCUGCUCGUCCAAGACCUUCACCACCUCCUAUGUUGGCUCAAGACAUCAAGCCUUCUGCUGCUGCCCUGACUGAGAUUUCUGUUGCUGAAUACAAGCAUCUGUCAGCAGGUUCUCUGUCAUCUCCAAAGUUGUCUGAUCCCCUGCCCUUGAUUGAUAGUGUGCCUGCACCUGCAACACUGUCAUCAGUCCCUUCAGUUUCUGCUCCUUUAUCAGAGUCUGUGGUUCAUCAAACAAAGUCUGCAUUGGCUUCUAUUGUUUGUGGACCUAUGGCAGCUGAUUCCCCUCUUGACAUAGUGCCCACUUCUUACUCUGCAUCUGUACCCACAUUUCAGCAGGUGUCCCAAGGAUCCAAGCUGCCUACACCUGUUAGUCAAUAUGAAAACUCUGCAGUUCAAACUUUGUCUGGCUCUGGACCCUCGACCUCAGUACCACCAGGCACUUGCUUGAUGUCAUCUGCACCUCUUAGUUCUGUGUCAAAUAAUUAUUCAGUUGGAAGUGUCGAAGAGAAAUCAGCACCUUCACCUCAACAUCAGACAUUACUUGCUGUUCUGUGUUCUAGUCUUUCUACUACUGCAACAACUGUAGGUUUGAAUUUACACUCUGCAGUAAUCAAUGAAAAUCCUACAGCCCAACCGCUGCCUACCCUACCUCUUCCAACCACUCAAGCCUCCAGGACUGCACCUGUGUCUGCUCCACCUGCCUUGGUGCCUGUAAUAUCUACAGUGACAACACCAUUGAGAGUGAUGCAGAACUCCGACUCAGAGCAGCUUCCGGCUAGUACAACUCUUUCACAUGCAUUAAAGCAGUCAUGUUCUGAGCCAGAGUGCCAUGGACAUGGUGGGGAUCAUAAAGGGCUGCUUAAUACUGCAAUUAGGAAACCAGAGGAGUGCCUACCUCAGCUCCAUUUGGGCAACAAAAGGAUUCUGCAGAGUGCAGAAGCUCCUGGGACGUGUGCAUCCAAAAUUCAUUCACACCAAUUGUUUAGCAGCCUUCUUGCAACUUUGCCAAUUCCAGAGAAAAGUGUACAGACCACUGUUACACCUGAACUCAAGGCCAGCAGUAAACACCCAGAUCUUGAAAAGCACCACUUGCAGAGCACUCCAAAAGACAGUCGUCUCUCAGAGGACUCCACAGAGGACCAGACUAAAGUUAGAAUGUCCCUACAGCUUUGUAGCUCUAGGGAAGAAUAUCAGACUGGGGAAGAUAAUUUUGAUGAAUCAUCACAAAGUGCUUCUGAAGAUGAGGUCAAUUCAACCUAUAAUUCCUUGUCUGGAGCUAAUGUCAGCUCUGUCUUGGAAGAAACCUCUGUUUUGGACGGCGACAGCUCAUGUGCGGAUAACUCCACUCAUUUUGACAGCAGCAUUUACCCAGAGGAUGAUACGUCUCAUGCUGAAGAUAAACCACCGGUUGUAUGUGAUACAACUAGGGAAAGCGACUCCAUAGAUGAUACCACCAAGGGUACACAACAAAACACUGGAGAUGUCACGUUGGAGUCUUCACUAAAUGAUGCCUCUCAGAUGGAUAAGCUUCAUGCAGAGUCACACGCGUCAUCAUGUUCAUUUGUGGCAGCAGGGCACCAAGGACCCAAGGAAGGCUGUGAUCCCAGAGGACAAGAUACACCAGACUCUGUUACUAUUAAGACUACUGUUAAUGAGACAUCCACUCCCUCGAGUUUCGGUGUGAGAGAUGGCAACUUUGCCUUCAGCACCCCAGCAGAGAACCUUGCAGAUCACCCAUUCCAACAAGUAGCUGAUCACGUGUCAGCUCCUGCAGGGCAUUUAAGGUUGUCAUGGAAACAACGUAAGCCUCCAUCGUCAAAGCCAGUUUGGAUUAAAACUCCAGCACUUGAACAGCGGAAGCCUAGAGUUCGAAUUCCAAAGGACAAGAAGAUGAAGUCUGAUGUGGAAGGAGUAAAUGUGAACAAGGGAGAUGAGGGAAAAAUGAUGCGCAGAAAGAGGAAAAAGUUUUUUACAGUGGAUGUUAAAGAAACAUCUGAUCUACAAGGAGUGGCUGGGGCCCCCAGCAGAGAGGUUGAUUCAAUCACAGCCACCAUUGAUGCUGUUCUGGCCAGCACGUCAACAAUACACACGGUAGCUGAGAAAUCCAGGAAGCUGAAAAUGGUCAAGAAAGAAGACCAAGAGGGCUAUAUGGUAAUCACACCUAAACAAGAUGCUGAAACAACACCUAAUGAUAAUGAAGACAUUGAUGACGACAGUUCUAAUACAGGUGAAACCAACAGACGGAGGGUUGCAACUGAGGAACAGGUUCAGUUUCCUUUGCAGCAUGGUUGGAAAAGAGAAAUUCGUGUAAAGAAAAUAGAAAACCGCUUGAAGGGGGAAACCUGGUAUUAUGCACCAUGUGGAAGGCGGAUGAAGCAGUUUCCAGAAAUAAUUAAGUACUUGAACAAACACCAGGGCGGUGUGGUUAGCAGAGAGCACUUCAGCUUCAGUCCACGUAUGCCUGUUGGAGACUUCUAUGAAGAGAGAGAGACACCUGAGGGUAAGAAAUGGAUCCUCUUGAAAAAUGAGGAGAUUCCUUCCAUGAUAAUGGCCAUCACUGGUCGCCGUGGUCGACCUCCAAAUCCGGAUAAAGAGAAAUCUCGCAGAGCUCGUGCCCUGAAUGGAGGGCCGCCUCGCCGUCCUGGAAGACCUCCCAAACUCAAAAUGGUUGACCUUCUUAGCAAAGUUGAUGCCAAGCUGUUUAAGAGGCUUGAGGCAAAGGAAGCGCUUAACGAGGAAGAUAAGGAGAAACUAGUAAAAAUCAAGAAGAAGAUGAAAAAAAAGGCAAGAGUGAAGAGAAGGGAGGAUGCUAAAAUUAAGAAGAUGAAAGAGGAAAAAAAGCGAGCCAAGCUGGAACAACAUGCCCAUCACGUAGAAGUAAAGACUGAACCAAAAGACAAGACAGCUCCACAAGUCCCAGGACCAGCAAUAGACUCUACUGUAGAGCCCAAGAAGCCUGGUCGCAGAAGGUCUGUAAAGGUUGAAGCAACAUUAAUACUAAAGCAGAGAGAUGAGGAGAGGCUCGCUCAGGGUAAGCGGGUGCCUGGUGCCCGGUGUAAAGCAAAGGCUGUGGCUAAGGCUGAGGCAGAAGCAGAGGCAGCUGUUCAUGCUGCUAUGGCAGCGAAGAGGGCUGCAGAGAGGAGAGCACAGGCCCAAAAACGUCUGGAGGAAAGGAAGAGACAGCAGAUAAUCACAGAAGAGCUGAAAAAGCCCACAGAGGAUAUGUGUCUUACUGACCACAAACCUCUGCCAGAUUUGUCUCGUGUCCCUGGUGUGGUUCUCUCUGGGACAGCAUUUGCACACUGCCUAGCUGUUGUCGAGUUCCUCCAUGGCUAUGGAAAGUUGCUUGGCCUUAACGUACCCAAGGACAUUCCCAGCCUUGAUACCCUGCAGAAGGGCCUAUUGGGCUUGGGUGAUAAUCAAGGAGAAGUCCAAGACCUUCUCUUGAAGAUGGUGAAAGCUGCACUUUAUGAUCCCGGCCUGCCCUCAUAUUAUCAAUCGGUGAAGAUACUAGGAGAAAAGCUGGUUGAGCUACAAUUGACGCGCAACACAGUUUCAGAAGUUCUUCGAAUUUUUUUAGAGUCGCAUGGUUAUGAGACUGAAGUGUGCAACACAUUGAGGACCAAAACCUUUCAUGCCCUGCCUCCUGACACCAAAGCAGCCAUAUUGGGUUUUUUGGUGGAAGAGCUCAAUGGCAGCAACAUUGUGACAUGUGACAUUGACAACACACUGGAAAACAUGACAGCUUACAGGAAAAACAAAUGGAUUAUCGAGGGGAAAUUGCGCAAGCUGAAGGCGGUGCUAGCACGCCGUACAGGACGUUCAGAGGAAGAACUGUGUUUUGAAGAGAGGAGACGCAGUGCCAGAGUAGCUGAAGAAGAGAACAUGAAUCUGGAGGACAGUGGUUUAGUUCUGGAGAGAGGCAGCCGUCGUGCGCGGAAAGAAGAGCCAAAGCUUAGUGAUAAUGAAAACCCUACAUAUGCCAGCAUUGCAGAGCUUGAAAGGCAAUUAGACAAGCUAACUAGGCGGCAAGUAUUUUUCCGUAAAAAGCUGCAGCAGUCGUCUCAUUCCAUGCGAGCAAUGUUGUUGGGCCAGGAUCGUUUUCGACGUAGAUAUUUAGCUCUUCCACACUUAGGAGGAGUUCUUGUUGAGGGGCCCGAAGAGCUUUUGACUUCCGGAGAUGUCCUUGUAGCAGAAGUGCCAGUUACUUUUCUCAAAAAGGAACCCAAAGUUGAGGAAGCCUCUGUGGCUACCACUCCCCCUCCUACCCUCCCCUCCCCUUCUUCCCCCACUCUCCCCGCCCAGUCCCAGUUUUCUCCAGAAGAUGAUCCCCUCCCAGGCACUGCAUCUCUCAUGAGCAGGCCGAGAGGAAGAGGACGUCCACGAAAAAUCAAACCAGAGGUGGAACUUCACCUACGCACAGCUAAGAUUCGGCGACAACGUCGAAGUAGUGUCAGGUCUAGGAGUGGAGAAGGGCCCAGAUCACCAGUCAGUUGCACACAGGACCUCACGCAGGCUGCCUUUCGAAAUUGGCUCAUUCAGUCACAGGAAGCAUUGACCAAAAGCACAAGCCCUGCAAUCGGGGAGCCUCCAGAGGGCAACCAAUUUGAAGAAAGUGUAAAGGAAAUGGCAGAGAAACACGGACAGUGGUUCAACCUUCUCCCCAAAGAACCAUGUGAUGAUAACUCAUUGACAGAGCCUCAGAUCCACACCUCACCUCCUAAACUCUUUCCUCAGAUUCCAAGUACACUUCCUAUUCUUGUUGCACCACUUGUGCAGAUAGACCCACAACAAUCUGUUUCAAACCCACAACAGUCUGCUUUGAACCCGCAACAGCCCAUUAUUCCCCUGCCUGGUUCGGCUCCUGUUGAUCCAGUGACUGCUGCACCAUCACAGGAAACUUCCCUUGAACCUCCUGAGUCUGCUGUUCCUCUUUGUGCCCCACCAUUAUCCCAACUCCUACUUCCUCUUCCUGCUGCUCUUCCACUUGUUGCACCUACUCCCACCACACCUGCCAGACCUGGCCGCAGGCGAAGGAGAGGUAGCAGAGGCAGUAGUCCUGGUCGUAGAGGGCCACGGGGGUCUGCAGCAAAGCGUCGGGGCCGCCCUCCCAACUCUGUGUUCCAAGAGCUUGAGCAGCAGUACUUCACACAGCUGGUGGUCAAACCAAUCCCAGCAUCAAUGGUACGUGGCUGGUGGUGGAUCAAAGAUCCAGAAGAACUGUGCAGCACCUUACAGGCUCUACAUCCGAGGGGCAUCAGGGAGAGGGUGCUCCACAAACACUUGGCAAAGCACAUGGAGAGCCACGCUGAGCUGUGCACCAAACCUGUUAAUGACCCCAUAUUUGAGUUGAAGGUAGAGCAGAAGGAUGCACUCAUGGAGGCUCUGCAGCAGCCCUGGCAAGUGCAGGACAAGGCCAUGGAGGCGGACAUCAGUGCUCUCCAGUGGGUGGAGGACCUAGAGCAGCGGGUCGUUGCUGCCGAUCUCCAUCUCAAAGCACCAUCUCACAGUACAACGAAUGAUACAGAAACUAAAGCAGAAAUACCAUUGGUAGAAUUUCAGGGUUACACUAUCCCAGAGCCAGACUCCACACGUGAUGACCUGCAGUACUAUGAGCACGAUACUGACCCGCGUGAUGACUGGAUUGUUCGGACUAAGAAGGAAUGGUCCGGCCUGCCACGUAUUGCCACACAUCCAGUCGAUUUGUCCGUACUGCGUCUGGCUAACCUUGAGCGGAAUAUUGAGAGACGCUACCUGAAGGAGCCGCUCUGGAACCCAGCAGAAGUGUUGCGUCUCGCUCCUCUUACACCGACCCCGGGAGAAGAGGAACCUAUGGAUGUCAUUAGUCUGGAAAGCGAGAUAACCUCUCGACUACGAACGUGGCGACAGGCACUAGAUCGCUGCCGCAGCGCGCCCCAGAUUUGUCUGUGUUUACUUCAGCUAGAGAAAGCCAUUGCAUGGGAAAGAUCUGUGACUAAAGUGACUUGCCAGGUUUGCUGGAAGGGGGAUAAUGAUGAGUGUCUGCUGCUGUGUGAUGGCUGUGACCGUGGAUGCCACAUGUACUGUCUGAAACCCAAAAUCACCCAGGUACCCGAGGGAGACUGGUUUUGUCCCAUCUGUGUUGCCAAGGAGCAAGGUGAGGUACCCUGUAGUCAGCGCUCAUCAAAGAAGCGAACCAGAGUGAAAAGGAAGCGGUAUGAAGAUGAGAGCUCUGACGAAGACGCGACAAUCCGACGUAGUGCUGGGAUGACAACACGGCACAAGGACACCGUGACAUCACCUUCAUCUUCUCUUUACUCCGGGGACAGGGGGAGCACCAAACGUCGACGUAUGACAACCCGCAACCAACCUGACCUCACCUUCUGCGAGAUUAUCCUAAUGGAGAUGGAGUCUCAUGCAGAUGCUUGGCCAUUCCUUGAACCUGUUAACCCACGACUGGUGCCAGGUUACCGCCGCAUCAUCAAAAACCCCAUGGACUUCCUCACCAUGAGAGAGAGACUGUUACAGGGAGGGUACUGCAGCUGUGACGAGUUUGCAGCAGACGCACAGCUGGUGUUCAACAACUGUGAACUCUUCAACGAGGACACGUCAGAAGUGGGCAUGGCCGGGCAUUCCAUGAGGCGCUUCUUUGAGAGCCGCUGGGCGGAGUUUUACUCAAAGGACAAAUAGGAGCUUCUGCCGUUUCCCCUAAAGGUGGGGCUGUUGGUGCUUUUCACUGUUCCACUCACACUCUCCAUUACUGCUAAGACUGUCUGGAGGUUCUUCCAGCUCUAUAUAUUCUUACAUGUAUAGAUGUGUAUGUACAGAUCUGGCUGUUUGUCUCUUAUGGGUUUUCCUCUACUAGCCUGAUCUUUGUUUUUUAAGGUCCAAAGCUUGAACUUCUACCCAUUCCCCUUGUCUCAUGUUUGUCUUGUCCUCUUCACCUCGCCACCUCAUUCUGCUGUCACAUCCUUUCAUAAGCACCAUGUCAUAGCGAGGCCUUUUGGUCUAGCCCUGCUCUGAAGGUGACAGCAUUGCCUCAGGCUCUGGAUAUUUUGGCUCUGACUCAGACUGAAGGUCAGGGAUGAUCUCAUUAUGCAGUUUAUUGCUGCAUACAGGACCUGCUCCACGCCCCUCGACGAAGGAUCAAAACGCCUCAGAGCUCGGGACAUUUCUUACCUGUUCAUUGGAGAUGUAAUGUGGUCUUAUGCCUAGAAGUAAUUUUUUGCUCUAUUUUUAUUAUAUUCUAUAUAUAUAUAUAAUUACAAUAGCUGGGAUUAUUUAAUAGCAAUAGCUUGUAGUGAAUGUGUACAAAUUCCAUUAUAGAGAUGUCUAGACUUAUGAAAAGGCCAGUUAAAGUAAAAGGAAACCGUUUGUUGGACUGUCUUAUAACGUCCGCGUAGUCUUGUGCACAGAGUUUUACACACCCACCUGCUGCUGGAGAAUUUAGUGUUUCACAUUGUGGACUCUGGUCCCUCGUGUUGGAAAUGAUCAACAGUGCUAGCUAGUUGCACCCGAUCACAUGACCUGUUUCACACUCUAUACAACCAAAAUAAUGUUCCCUCAACUAUAAUACCUGUUCGUUAUGUAAUCUCUUUAAGAUCACACACCAAAACACUUUAGCCAGUAUAUAUUGUAAUUGACAUUAAGGUAUGUGGAAUAUUGCUUCAUAAGUGUGUGGAAAUGCACAUACAAUUUUAGAUCAGUUGACCUGUUUUCAAAGUGACGCUUGUCAUUAGUGUAUUUGCAGCUGUUCUACAUUUUGGCGAAAACAUCAAAAGGUGGUUGUAAUGGCAGUUUAAAAUGCUCUGGACUGGAAAGACUGGAAUACGUGAGUCGAAGAGUUCAAAAUGAAGAUCCUCGACACUUCUCUAGUUUUCUCUACAUUCCUCUCUUGGUUUUCACUUUGUUCUGCACGAAGGCCAGCGUGCAUGUCACGCAGCGUGGUCGCCGUACUGUGAAGGUGACGGGACGACUCUGCAGUCUGGUUUUAUUUAACUUGUUUCUUACACUGAACUCAGCUCAGUUCAUUUUAAAUAACCUUCAAUGAACCUUACAGCAGUUGAAGGGGCAGAUGUUUUUCAAGAAAGGAGAAAAAAGACAUGAAAACCAAAUGUGGUGUUAAGUGAAUUUUUAAUAAUGUACAGUUUUUGGUGACUUUAAAUCUGUUCCUUUAUAUUUUUAGGACCAAUUCAUUUUUAAGAGGAGGUAUUGCUAAACUAUGUUGUACUAAGGUGAUGUAACAUGUGUGCAUCUGUAGAAUGUACUGUGAGUUGAAUAAAAAUCACAUCUAGCA